ACCUGUCCCCUGCCAUUUCGCCGAGACAAUAUUCACUAGAAACGAGAGGAAGCACCCUAAAAUCCAUUCCUCGACGGCUAUAGCCUUGACACUGUCUUAAACGUGUCCCUGGAAAUUGAAAUUCUCCGGUUCAGAAGUGGGCGCAGAGGAAGAAUGUGGAUUUUCUGAGAGAGGCCUUUUGGAGAGGAGACGAUGAGAGGGGUAGAAGAAAGGAGAGAGUGUGGGGAAUUGACUCCUGGACCUGGGUAUUUCUGGGUCUGCACCAUUGGUGGAAUGCUCAGUGCUGGAACCACCCAUGUCGCUAUCACUCCUCUUGAUGUCUUAAAAGUCAACAUGCAGGUAUACCCCAUCAAGUAUAACACUAUCUCCUCAUGUUUUAUUACCCUAUUGAGAGAACAAGGUCCUUCUGCCUUCUGGAGGGGUUGGGCCACCAAGUUCUUUGGGUAUGGUGUUCAAGGUGGAUUUCGAUUUGGUCUAUAUGAAUAUUUCAAGAAGCUUUACUCUGAUGUGCUGGUAGACCACAACCGAAGCUUCAUCUUCUUUGCAAGUAGUGCAUCUGCAGAAGUACUUGCCAAUGUGGCUCUCUGUCCUUUUGAAGCUGUUAAAGUCCGGGUUCAAGCGCAGCCCCAUUUCGCAAAGGGUUUGCUUGAUGGCUUUCCAAAGCUGUAUGCAUCAGAAGGCCUCUAUGGCUUUUACAGGGGUCUUGUUCCACUUUGGGGUCGAAACCUUCCAUUCUCUAUGAUUAUGUUCUCAACUUUUGAACAUUCUGUGGAUUUUCUGUACCGUAAUGUUAUCCAUAGAAGAAAGGAGGAUUGCUCAAGAGUUCAACAGCUUGGAGUGACAUGUUUAGCUGGCUGUGCUGCUGGAUCUGUUGCUUCCUUAAUUACUAAUCCUGCUGACAACAUUGUUGCCUCUCUUUAUAACAGAAAGGCUGAUAGCCUCUUGCUGGCUGUGAAGAAAAUUGGACUUAUGAAUUUAUUUACAAGAAGUCUUCCUAUUAGGAUAAUUCUAGUGGGGCCCGUUGUAACUUUGCAGUGGUUAGUUUAUGACACCAUCAAAGUCUUAAGUGGAUUACCUACCAGUGGGGAAGUUCUCGCUGACAAAGAAGUGAACAAAAAAGUGUAAAUUCCGGGUGGAGAACUAGAGCUAAAUUCAUCUCUCACAAUUUGAAGUCUUUCAAUCCAAUAAACAAACAGCAAAUGUCAUAAACUUUCAUGUACUAGGUACAUUGCACGUUGGAUUCAUUGAGUUAUUGUUAUCAUGGCUUUUUAUCUGCACUGCCAUCAUUUUCUCGUUGUUGCUUACAGCUUUUAAACUAAACCAGAUCCAUUUUUCAAUCUCAAGCAAGUUCCUCUGGGUCACCCCGUUUUCAUGAA